AUGGGUAAAACUCAAACAAGGUUUGCGGGACGAGUAACCAUCUACACCAUCCAAGGUUGCCCGCAUUGUAAGCAGGCCAAGGCCAUUCUGGCUCGAUUGGAAGUUCCGGUCUGUGUCGUUGAUCUCAAUGAGCAUCCGGAGCUACAGUUGCCGGUGAAGAAGCUGACAGGACGGGUCACAGUUCCUCAAAUAUUCUUCAACAGCCAGUAUGUUGGGGGAAAUGAAAAACUUCAGAAACUGUCUCCAGAGGAGCUGGAAAAGUUGGUAAAGAUGGUCAGGGAGGAACCUCUUACAGGCGCUGCUCUGCCGCUACCAGAGACGAAACGGCCACAGGGUGCUUCUUUGGACACUGAUCGUGAUGAAAAACGGUUUGAGUGUGAGAAAGAUGAAAUGGCUGACAUGGUCGCUGAACUGAAAGAUGCCAAUUUGAUUGGCAAUCAGUGGAAAGGUCUGACUUUAUACAAGAAGAGCUUUUCAAAGGACCAACUGCUUGCCUGGCUGCAGAAUGUCAAGGGCAAGGACCAUUCUCAGGCCCUUACUGUCGGCCAAGGAUUGUUGCUGAAGAAAUACAUGGUCGUUGCCCGAGGGGAGUCAGAUGGCAAAUUUGAAGCAGCCAGUGGGGACACGCUGUACAGGUUGCUGGAGGAUGACCCACAUUCGGCUCUCAACGCAGGACAAACUGCGUCCUGCAGUCCUGUUAAGGCGGCUGAACUGUCGUUGCAAUUACGAGAGCUGAUUCUCAAGUUGUUCUCGGAGCAUCUUUCUGAUGAUGGCAAGUCGGUGGACUACAAAGGCAUGUCAGCAAACUCUGCAUUUGAGCGCUACACUGAACUCGCCAUUCAGCUGCAAAGGGUUGAACUCCUAUCACUCUCCCGUGAGGAGACACUUGCCUUCUUCAUCAACAUUUACAACGCUUUGGUCAUCCAUGGCUUCCUUCGCAUUGGCGCUCCCACCAACAUAUUGCAGCGAUACAGAUUCUUUAACUACGUCAGCUAUCUGAUUGGAGGAGAAGUUUACACCUUACAGGAUAUCGAGAACGGAGUGCUCAGAGGGAACAGGAAAGGCGUGGGACAGCUUCGAAGACCCUUCUCUAAAACAGACCCCCGGCUACAGGUAGCGCUCAAAGAUGCCGAACCGCUCAUUCACUUUGCCUUGAACUGUGGUGCCAAAGGUUGCCCUCCCAUCAAGACCUACACACCAGAGAACAUUGAUCAGCAGCUUCGCACGGCAGCUGAGGCUUUCUUGGAGAACGACGACGCCUGCGUGGUGGAUUCGGGGAAAAAAGAAGUCCGACUGAGUUCGAUUUUCAAGUGGUACAAGGUUGAUUUUGGAGGCACUGAUGAGAAUCUGCUGCAGUGGGUGCUGAAGCACAUGAGUGAUUCCCCCAAGAAGACCAGUUUGAAGGGAGUCCUCGGGGACAGGAAGGUCAAAGUCAGCUACCUUCCAUACGACUGGAGCUCCAACAGCAGCCAUUGA